CCAAUCACGUGACAAACGAGGAGAAAAAGACUAGUACGCCUCCAUCGGCUUCUUCUCCAGCCCCCGCCUCCCCCAGUCUUACGUUUUCACUGUGACUGGCCAAACGAAGCACUCCAUGAGCCACGAUACAAUGGACGUUGAUCAAUCACAACCCGCUAAAUCGCUAACCUUGCAAAACCUAUCUGAAGGUCCUCUAUCAUCCGCUGUCUCGAACCUCUCAGCAUCAUCUCGCGCGAUCCCGACCGAUAAGGAUUUUCACUUCUACUACAACUUCGACGAGUUCAAGCUCCCGGUACGAGGAAUUUCCGAUAAAUCUCAGUCUUUGUUGGAAUCUAUUGGCUCAUCGGCGCAUGUUUGGGGCAAAAACAUGUCGUUGCCUAAUGACGGUAUUGAUGAAGACGCUCCCUACGAUUGGCUUGUUGAUGUCAAUGAUGCGAUUUUUGAGCGAAUUGAUGUGUCCAUGGACGAAUUCCAGAAUAUUAGACGGAGGGAGGAGGAAAUUGGGCAGCCCCUGAGUGCUGCAGCUCUGGAGGAGGCUGAAAGCGGGGGUUUUCAGCUGGUGUAUGGGAAGAAGAAGAAGAAGGGGUUGAGUAACUCAAUGAGCGAAGCGGUGAGUGGUGGUGAGCCCGCAAAAAGGAAAGAUGAGACUGGGGCCGGGGUGAGGAAGGUAGCCGUGGGAGGAAAGGCUAAAGUGCCAUUUCAUAUUCCUACAAUAAGGAGGCCGCAGGAAGAGUACAGUAUAUUAGUUAACAACUCCAACCAGCCAUUCCAGCACGUUUGGUUACAGAGGAGUGAGGAUGGGCAGAGGUUUAUUCAUCCACUGGAGAAGCUUUCUGUCUUGGAUUUUGUGGAUAAGAAUAUUGAUGUUGAGCCUGUAAAACCACCCUCAACGGAAUGCACCCCAUUUAAGCUUGUGGAACAAGUUAAAGACCUGAAGGAGCUCGCCGCUAAACUGCGUGAUGCGAAAGAAUUUGCGGUUGAUCUGGAACAUAAUCAAUAUCGUUCGUUUCAAGGAUUGACAUGUUUGAUGCAAAUUUCCACCAGAACCGAGGAUUUUAUUGUAGAUACCUUGAAGCUUCGAGUUCAUGUUGGACCUCAUCUAAGGGAAGUUUUUAAAGACCCUACCAAGAAGAAGGUCAUGCAUGGAGCAGACCGAGAUAUUGUGUGGCUUCAGCGGGACUUUGGCAUAUAUGUCUGCAAUCUGUUUGAUACUGGACAGGCAUCGAGGGUAUUGAAACUGGAGAGAAAUAGUUUGGAGUAUCUCUUGCAUCACUUCUGUGGAGUUAGUGCUAACAAAGAAUAUCAAAAUGCAGAUUGGAGAUUGCGCCCUCUUCCUGAAGAGAUGGUCAGAUAUGCCAGGGAAGAUACGCACUACCUGUUGCAUAUAUAUGAUUUGAUGAGAGUCGAGUUAUUUCAAAUGUCUAACAGCCCAGAUGGUUCUGACACUCCCUUGGUAGAGGUUUACAAACGCAGCUAUGAUGUAUGCAUGCAGCUGUAUGAGAAAGAGCUUUUGACAGAAAAUUCGUAUCUCCAUAUCUAUGGGUUGCAGGGUGCUGGUUUUAAUUCCCAUCAGCUUGCCGUGGUUGCAGGCCUUUGUGAGUGGCGAGAUAUUUUUGCUCGCACAGAAGAUGAAAGCACUGGUUAUAUAAUGCCAAAUAAAAUUCUUCUUGAAAUCGCCAAGCAGAUGCCUGUUACAACCAGCAAGCUACGCAGAUUGUUAAGAUCCAAGCACCCAUAUGUUGAGCACAAUCUUGGUUCUGUUGUGAGCGUCAUCAGGAGUUCUAUGCAAAAUGCUGCUUCAUUUGAAGAUGCUGCAAAACAGUUGAAGGAGGGACGAAUGGAGGUGGCCCCGCAAGAAAACAUAGAAGGUAAUGAUGGGUGUGAAGUAUUACCUUCUGAUACUUCGACAAACCGGGGAAUUUCAAAUACCAGCACGGAAAAUUUUGAUGGUGGCCAUACAACAGAUGGUAGUGUGAUUGCACUUCAAUCAGCUUCUCCAGAUCUCAAAAUGGAGUCUUCAGAUCAUAGAAGCAGUGUUUUUGAAUUUCACAAAGAUUGUCAAGGCGGGUCUUUCAAGUUUCCUGGUAGUAAUGGUGAUUCGGGGGGGCAGACAGAAGACACAAACACAUGUGCAGACCUGGCAACCUCAGCAAAGGUUACUGGAGCAACUGUCCAGGUUCUGAAGAAACCAAGCCGUGGAUUUGGUGCACUGCUAGGCAAUGCAACCUCAAAGAGAAAGUUUGAUACUAGUAAAAGGGAGACGGGAGAGAUAAAGUUGGAACAGAUCAGAACUACUGUGAAUCUCCCGUUCUUCCCUUUUUCGGGUAGGAGUGAAAAAUCAGCACCAGUUGUAGAUGUGCCUGCUAGAGUCCUGGAACCUCCAUGUCAAGAAUCUCUUGACGGCCAAUUUCUCUCUUCCGAUGUUGACGAGGUUAUAAUGUUGGAGGAUGAUUCAAAAUUUGAGGACUCUCCACCCAUGGCCACAGAUACGUACAAGGAGGACAACUCUGUGGAAUCUGCCUUCGAAGAGGAGAAAGAGGACAAUCCUAUGUCUCUCUCUGAUCUUUCUUCGAGUCUAGAGAAGUGUGUCCAUUCUAACGAUAGAAAUAGAAGACCUGGAAAAGUUAAGAAAGCUGAAGAACCAGGUGGUGGUUUGCAGCUUAAACCAUUUGAUUAUGCAACUGCUAGGACACAAACUAGAUUUGGGGUAGAUGGCAGGGAGGAAUCAGCCAAAGAAGGCACCAUGGAUCAGAAGCGAGUGCUUGGUUCAGGAGGUAGAAAGAAAAGUGCAGACGCAACUCAAGCUCAAAAGGAUGAUGGGACAGGAGAAUUCGCGCAAGGCAGAAGGCGUCAUGCAUUUCCGGCUACUGGGAACCGGAGUGCAACUUUUCGCUGAAAUAUAUAUGGAAACCGGAAAGAGUUAUUUUUGCCCUACAGCAAAUUUGACAGUGAUGUUGCGCUAUUUUUUCUAUUAUAAGCUUCUUUACUGAAAAUUUUAAUGCUUUUAGCAGUCACAAUGGAUAGAGAAUUGAUGCAUCUUAUGAUAGGGGAGUGAAUCAUGUGCUGCUGCUUUAUUGUUC